ACAUAAUAAGCCUCGUGGAAAUACGACAUUGUAAAAAAAGUUAAGUGACAUCUAUUCAAAAUUUAACUGUUGUAGUCUUUCGGCGUAAUAUCUUUGUUUACGUUAUUUAGUUAAAACUGUCACGCAAGGGUCAAAGACCAUAAAGCAUUGAUUGAUCGGAAAAAGCAACAUCUCUCGGUUGUUUUCUAAGCUUGAAAGAAGAUUUGGGAUUAUAUGCGAUUACAGCGAAGCUAAAUCCUGAAGCAUGGGAUUUCUAGUCAUUCUUCUGGUCACCGCCGUGUUCUGCUGCGUUCCUACUUGGUGUCAUGAGCAUAGGGAGAAGAUAUUCGUCCUGCAGGACCCCAAUUACGAAGACAACAGGACCAUUGUAGUAGUCACAUGGACGGAUGAAGAUGGCUCCAACUGUGAAAUAUUUUCUGAUGAAAAACUGACCGAAGCUAUCCGAAGAAUCUCCAAAGACAAGCUCCUUCGCCGUCCCACGCGGGCACAGAUGCAAGAAUUGGUGGAAGAAUGCACUACAUUCUCUCGUCGGAGGCGAUCUGUGGAAAAUAAUGACGUCACUCCCUCUGAAGAUAUCGACAAAAUGACCACUCCACUCCCUUCUCCUCUGAGUGGGCCUGCCGAUGGAUGGGUCAUUUUUCCAGGCACGAAAUGGUGUGGCGCGGGAGACAAAGCCAAGAACGACGAUGAUUUGGGAUUCCACCAGGACACCGACAGAUGCUGUCGGGCCCACGACAAGUGCGACGACCUCAUCGAAGGCGGGGGAACAAAAUACAACCUCACCAACAACUCGCCUUUCACAAAACUGAACUGUAAGUGCGACGAUGACUUUUACGAUUGCCUGAAACGUGUGAACAGCGUUACGUCCAAUACUAUUGGAAACACAUACUUCAAUGUUUUGAAGAGACCAUGCUACUAUUAUGAUUAUCCAACGACUAAGAAGUGCAAGAAGUAUAAAACAUUUUUGAAACUGAAGUGCGUUGAAUAUGAGAAGGACACGAAGGCACAGAAAACCUGGCAGUGGAGACAAGCCAAGAGAUACAAGAAGCUGCCCUUCCCUGGACCUCUUGAUAUCACUUUGCCCUUUUAAACCAAAGCUUGUGUUCAUGUACAAAAUGCGUUUCAAUCUGUAUCGCACGCGUUUUAUCUAUAAGCAGCAAAAGAUUUCACAAUUACUUAUGAAAUAGUUACAGAAAUGUUGCUUGAUUUAGAAUAUGUUCAUGUGUUACAAAUUUGAAUGCUUUGUCAAACAAAGUAGAGAGAAUAGCUAAUGCGGUUAAAGUGUAAAAAUUGCGUCAAAAAGUUGUCAUCAUAUCAAAACAGAAUACGGGUUGAGUAAUUCUUGACAAGCAUUGCUUUUGCUAUUUAUUACGAUAUAAAGAAUUUGUCACUUUUUAUUGAAAAAAAAAUCUGUUUUAUUUACUUUCCACAAAAUGUGGAAUAUAAUAUUAAAAUUUAUUUUUAUUGCACUUUAGCAAGCUUGAAGCUAAUGAUGCAGACUGUAAAAAGAUAUUUUCGGUAACUGUAUACUCUAAAUUUUUAAAUGAAUGUAAUUCUAAAAAUAUAAAUACUUAAUAAUAACAAUAAUUAUAAGUAAUGGAAAUAACUUUUAUUAAGCAAAAUAUUUAACUUAACAUAUCCGGAAAAAAGAACGUUAUUUCAAAUGGGUUGUUAUUUGUUUCUGUCAAGACUUGAGUGAAUUUUAAACAAUUUAAAUGAAGUUGUAAAAUGUCAGCUGCAUUUAUUUGUAAACAUUGUUAGUUUUUCUUGUUAUUGUUGCUUUUUAAAUUUUCAGUUGUUAUUAUUGUAUUUCUGAGAGAUAAAUAAAACUGUUUGUUAGCAAUAA